AUGAAUAACACGAGCCAUUGUUCACGCGAGGGCAGCAGCCAUUGUGAGGCUCAUAAACCAGUGGUUGUUGGUCUUUAUGGAAUAUCGGGGGUAGGAAAAUCAUUUCUACUUGAUCGACUGAAACGAGAAUUGGGUGAAGAAUUAUUCAACUACCAUGAAGGCUCCGCUGUUAUUGCCGAUAUCGUACCUGGUGGACUUGAGGCCUUCCAGUCGCUAGAGGGAGGAGAAAAAGCCUGCUGGCGCAAGCAGGCCAUCGAAACCAUCAGAAGAACGUCAAUCGAAACGGGAAAGAUUGCCGUCGUCACCGGGCAUUUUAUGUUUUGCUCUGAGCAAGGUGCCCUGGAAACGGUCCUCACAGAGAGCGACCUUAAGGUCUUUACACACAUACUGUAUUUGGAUGAGCCCGCCAACAUAGUGUGGCAGCGGCGCCAGCAGGACACGCAAAAGUACAGGGUGGAGCUGCCUGUUCGCGCGAUCCAGCAAUGGAUUGAGGCCGAAAAAACAUCUUUGCGUCAGCUUUGUUACGACCACAGUAUCCUGUUCUGUCUGGUGCCAUCGGAAAAUGUUGUUGGAAUAAAGACUCUUUUGUUGGACUUUCAAAAGCACGACGAGACCCACAACUUGAGCGUAGCGAUGGACUUUCUUGAUGCUUCCAUGCGCUUCAGUCAUACUAAUUUGAUCGACACUUUCCUAGUCCUGGACGGGGACAGAACCUUGACUGCUGGAGAUACUGGAGACAUGUUGUGGAGGGCAUAUAAACCCCGACAAAACGAUGUGACACCAUUAAAGGCUAUCUUCAGCAGCCAUCUGAGAUACUCAUAUGCCGCGUUCCGCCAGGUAUCAUUGCUCUACGAGCAGUCAUUUGACGACGACGAAUUUGAUGAGAUCUGUACGCGCGUGGCGUCUUCAGUCGAAUUGUAUCCCGAAAUGUUUUCGUUACUAUGCUAUGCCCAAUCUAAAGAGCAUAUUGGUGCAGUGAUCGUGACCUGCGGAUUGC